AUGAUUGACGUGAAUAUCAAGCCAGAAAAGAAACAGAAGUAUAAAUCUGUGAAUUCAGAGGAAAGAUCGAAAAUAAUAAAUUAUUUUAUUGAAGGUUCACUAUCAGCCUCUCAGGUACAAUUAUAAUCAAUAUAAUAUAGAUUGCUUAAAUCACAGGGCAUAACCUCUCUACAAUAAAAGCUAUUUUUCGAAUAUAUAGAAAUGAAGGAAGAAUAAAUAAAAAAGAAAAAAGGGAUCGGGAGGUCCAUAUCUAAAAAAAUGUAGCAGUUUUUAUUGUGGAUGACUAGUACUUAUGAUAUUCAUUAUUAUUUAGAACAAGAUCUUUGAAGUUUAUUUCCAAAUAACACAUGAAACAAGAAGUAAUUUUAAGAAGUCAUGAUAAAUUUUGUGAAUCCUAAAUUGAUAUACUCAAUGAAACCUUAUAGAAGUCAGCUAAUGAAGUAAGAAACAAUUUGAACAGUUUUCAAUCAAAAAGGAAUUUUGACUAAGCCUUAUAAAGAAUGUUAACAAAUGGUAAAAAAGAAGAUGAUUUUAUCAAUAUAUCCUCAAAUACUUCUUUCUAACUAGAUGCCAAUACUCGGGUUAACGUGUCCAAAAUUUCAAAUUUAUUAAAAAAUAAAGAAGACUAACCUUCUAAAAAAGCCGUCUUACUAACACCUUAAAAGACUUGGUUUAAAUAAGAUCAUCAAUUAACUGAUCUCAAACGAGUUUUUGAGUUAUAAGUGUAGGAAUAUCUAGGAAAAUCUCAUUCUGAUAAUUUAAAAUGA